UGUGUCUGAAGCAUUUAAAGGGUGGAUCCUUUUUUAUUUAACAGCACUAACCGCACUUCUCGUUAAAUGAAAAUUUUCACACAAGUCCUUCAGCUUUCAGUUCCAAUAUGAUUCUUCCUCAGUUCCUGCUCUUUUUAGUCUACCUCCAUGGACCUCUGGUUUGUUAUGCCUUUAAGAUUUGUGCUUUUAACGUUCAGAGUUUUGGAGGCUCAAAGGCAACGGAUGCAACACUUUUGCACAUUGUUACACAGAUUGUGGCACGCUGUGAUGUGUGUUUGCUUCAAGAGGUCAGAGAUCAGAAGAAAACAGCCAUUCCACGUCUGAUUAAUAGACUCAAUAACUAUGAAAGCAUUCACCAGUAUGACUAUGUGUCUAGUGGACGUCUUGGCAGGACACCAACCUAUCAAGAGCAAUAUGUUUUUGUGUUCAGGACCGGCUCAGUCAAGCUAAUAGACGUUUAUCAGUAUCCAGACACACAGAAAGGAGAUGAGGAUGCUUUUGCCAGGGAGCCUUUUAUUGUGCGCUUCCAGGCACCUAAAACAGUGAUUGGUGAGUUUGUUCUGAUUCCAAUGCACACCUCUCCUUCUAAUGCCACCAAAGAGAUUGAUGAACUCUAUGAUGUCUUUGAGGAUAUAAGACGGAGGUGGAAGACAGAGGACAUAAUGUUCCUUGGUGACUUUAAUGCAGCUUGUGGAUAUGUGGCCAAGAAAAACAGGAAGAAUAUAAGGCUCUACUCUGACAUAUUCACCUGGCUGAUAGAUGACAAUCAGGACACUACAGUAAGAGGGACCACUGACUGUGCAUAUGACAGGAUAGUUGUACACGGAGAUUCAUUUCUCAGGUCUAUAAUACCAUACUCAGCACAACCAUUUAAUUUUGCCAGGGCAUAUCAAAUUAAGGAGGAAGAGGCUUUACGUGUGAGUGACCACUAUCCUAUAGAGGUGGAGCUGAAGAUCAAAUCAGGAAGUGAGCAAAGAAGCAUAAUCUUGCUCCAGAUAACUCUUGGAUUUCCCCUUCUACUCCAACUGAAAUGACACCCUUUUUUUUUUUUUUUUUUGGACUUUUUUAUUCAGAUAGAGAGAGGAGAUGUGCAGUACUGCCAAUUUUUAAAUAUCAUCUAAACCAAAGCUGUACAAGAAUGCACUGCAUUAUUUCUUGGCAAUAAUGUGAAACACAUUUUAAAUAUAUAUUUUUUUUUACAUUUUCAUUUUUUUUAAUCAAGGAGAUUGUAAUGAGAAAAUAAGUUAAUUUACUAUUAAAUUAAAUAUUUUUAAUUUCUUAUCAUGAUGGAAUUGAAUAGGACAGGCCUAUUUCUAGUUGGAAGUACAUUGCCUCUUUAAUGGCAAUUAUUUGAUCUUUAUUUUUAUAAAUGACACAUCCAAGUUUCCCUGCCAAAAGAAAUGAUUAAAUCCUCCAAUGAUGAUACCUACCUGUACAGUGUCAGUAGAUUGUGCACCUGGAUGAACCUAACCAUUUGUUAUUCAUUUCAAGGAGGAAAACUCAGUGCUGACAUACUGCUUGAGAGCGAUUCUGUGCUGGAUUUUAUUUUAUUUUUCAUUAUUUUUGGAAUCCUUAUCGGACAUUACAGAUGCUGUUAUUAAGGCAAGGGAAAGCUUAGCCAAGUAUUAGGAAAGAAAUGACAUGUCACUUUUCUCUUAGGAUAGCAAUUCAUGUGGUAUUCUUUGGAGAGUGUUUUGAUGUUUGAGGUUAUGUAGGUGUCCUGCUGUUCCAACCUACACAGAGAUUUGGCCCCUAAAGUCAACAUUCUAGAAAAGGACCAUCAGUGACAUACACUGACUAAAGUACCAAUAGCAUCUAGUUGUGUGAGAAGUUCAUCAAAGUGCUUAUCUACUCACAUUGUACAAUAAUUAGCUGCUGUUUGUGCAUGCACAUAUUUUGUCUGAGGAAUAGUGUUAGAUCAUCUGUAUUUUGAAUAAAAGGUGGAGGCAAGCCUCAUCUCUUCUAA